AUGUCACUCGAGCAAAUUUUUAUUCUGCUACUUGUGCUCACGGUCACAGGUUCUGCUUGGAAAAAUGACCCGAAAAAAAUUGUACCAUGCAAAAAAAUGAAAUGCCCCGAGGGAACUAAAUGUGAACUUGGAAAAAAGAUAUGCCCCUAUGGGCAACCAUGUUCCAUCAAUCCCACCCAAUGCGUGCCGAAUGAACCCGAACCUGGAUGCGGUGGCGAAGAAGGUUCUGGUGGAUUAGGCGAGGAAGUCGUUAACUGCCCUAUAAAUAUGUCCAGCGCCAAAUGUGGACCGGCAUGUCCCCAAGACUGUAGCAAAGAACCUACGUGUUUGGCCAUCACGUGCACCGAUAAACCAAAAUGUUUCUGCAAUCCUGGAUAUGUUCUCUUGAACAGAAAUGAUCCAAGCCUUGGAUGUGUUCUACAAGAAGAGUGCCCCUGUGCUCCACCGAUGAUGUAG